AUGGCGCGAACUGAUCCCGAUAAAAAAUCCAAUGACUACGGAACAGUCAAUGACCCGGGCUCUUCGAAACGGGUCUCCUCAAUUGCAGAGUCUGAAGUAGACACCAUUUCAAUCUCGACAGACAACUCCUAUCAACUCUCAAAUUCUUCACUCCUCGAUGCGGACGAAGAAGCGCGGUUACUAAAUAAUGCAAAAGACGACGAUAUCACGAAAAAGGCGGAAAAUAAAACGCCAGCCCAGAUUAUCACCGUUUUACUACUUGGGGUCUUUAUUGCCAGUGGAGAUGGUUCUUUUGUCCUGGCUACGAACGGUGUCAUAUCUUCGGAGUUUGGCCGAUUAGACGAUGCUAGCUGGCUAGUGACGUCGUAUAUGCUUACCAUGUGUGCACUUCAGCCUCUGUAUGGGAAGCUCAGUGACAUAUAUGGCCGAAAAGCUAUGGUUUUGAUUGCAUACGCAUUCUUCGGCGUUGGUUGUCUGUACAGUGGGGUUGCGCAUUCUCUCACAGGUGUGAUUGUUGGAAGAGCAAUCAGCGGAAUUGGUGGGGCCGGAAUGAUGGUUUUAGUCAGUAUUUUGAUCACAGAUCUCGUACCCCAGCGUGACGUGGCUGCCUGGCGGGCGUAUGUCAAUAUUGCCGCUACGACGGGUAGGAGUUUAGGAGGCCCUGUGGGUGGUUAUUUAACGGACACCGUUGGAUGGCGAUGGUCUUUCGGUGGACAAGCACCACUCGUAGGUUUAGCUGGAAUACUUGUUGCUCUUCGAUUGAGCAACACUACCCCUACCCCGACUAAUACUGCGGAGCCUGCGGUACCAGAGACUCAAAAAUCAAAGCUUGCCCGGAUAGAUUUUCUUGGUUCUUUCCUCCUCGCGGUAACUAUUGUCGGAUUUUUACUAGUUCUUGACCUUGGUGGUCAAAGAUUGGCAUGGGGUUCCCCCUAUAUUAUUGGUUUAUCUAUCGCCUCUCUUAUUUUUCUCGUAUCUUUCGCUUUCGUCGAAAUAUAUGUCGCCUCCGAACCCAUAUUUCCAUUACACCUCCUCACCAAAAAUAAUAUCGCAACAAGCUAUGGAUCGCUAGCAUUUUCUACUGUUUCUCAAAUCGGGAUAAUGUAUACAGUACCCCGGUACUUCCAAAUCACACGCAACAGCUCCGUCACUGAAGCUGGAGCCCAACUUGUCCCUGCGGUUGUCGGAAACGUGAUAGGUGGCCUAAUAACUGGUAUCUCCGUGAAAAGGACUGGGAGGUAUAAGCUCAUCUUGGUACUUGCCGGAAUAAUAUCGACUGUUGCCUCAACCCUUCUAAUUCUACGCUGGAAUGGUCAUACUGGAUUCCUGGAGUCCCUGUAUAUCUUCCCAGGAGGGUUCGGUAUGGGACUAUCGCAAGCAGCUAGUUUCGUAGCGAUGACAGCAGGAUUAGAGAAGGAACACUAUGCAGUUGCGACCAUGGGUUUAUAUUUGUCGUCUAGCUUGGGGGCAGUUGCUGGUGUCAGUGCUGUCAAUGUGGUUUUAGAAAACGUGGUAAGACGAAUUUUAGGCCAAAGGUUGACGGGACCUGGAAGCGAAAAGAUUAUCGAAAAAGCGAUCAAGGAUGUCCAGUAUAUUGGCAAGUUGAAGGGAGACACUAGAGAGAUCGUAGUGUCCAGUUAUGUUACAAGCCUGAAAUAUUCUUACGGUAAGCACCUCGCGCCUAGACCGGAAAUCCCCGAGAGAAGCGAAAUCGCUCGAAAAACUGAUGUAAAAUAA